AUGCCGCAGAAUAAUACCGAAGUUAACAAAGAGCUCGUCGAGUGGGCCUAUGCCAACCUCCUGAACUUGCCCAGAGGCGAGCAGUACGAAAGGAUGAUUCUGGGUGUUACCUACGAUUGCAUGAACAAAGAGCUCUGGAUGGCUAGAAACCUCAGCACGGAAAUGGCACUUGAUUACGCCAACAUCCGCAUGAAAGAUUACGACUACGAUCUCGAAAAAUACUACGCUGCUCGUUAUGAAUACUUGGGAAAGCUCUUUGGAAAGGUCGAGCCUGAUCUUGUCCUAGAGGCACCUUUCUACGUGGACUACGGCUGCAAUACCAAGUUCGGCAAGAAGAACUACUUCAACUUCAACAUUACCCUCUUGGAUUGCACCCUCAUUACUUUUGGCGAUAACGUGAUGACAGGCCCUAACGUGACUUUCACCACGGCUACCCAUCCCACUGACCCCACAUUGAGAAAAAAGGGCGACGAGUAUGCGUUCCCCAUUACAGUUGGAAGCAACGUGUGGUUUGGAAGCAACAUUGUGGUCUUGCCUGGCGUGACCAUUGGUGAUGGUUCUGUCAUUGGAGCUGGUAGUGUGGUAACGAAGGAUGUUCCUGCCAACACUGUGGUGGUGGGCAACCCUGCCAGGGUGAUCAAGAAGUUGACGCCCGAGGACAACAUCGAGGAGCUCAAGGACGAGUUGAAGUAG